AUGGCGGUAAAUUUGGAACUGGUAAAAUACCUGAUCGAAAACCAUGUCACGAUCCUAGCGCAUCCGGUGGACGGGCGGCUGAAAGACCUUUAUGCGCUCUUCUGCAUGUACCUACAGCAGUGGGCCGACAAGGACCAGGAGACGCCUUCGUACGGAGAGUUCCACGAGGACCUGGUGCUAAUUGCGCAGGUGGUGCAGGGUGCCAUCGGGGUGGUGUGCGACAGCAUCUUCCCGGAGGGCGAGCAGCUGGAUUACGUGCAUGUGACGCCGCUCAAGUAUCUUGUCAACCGGUUCCACCCCGGCUACUACAAUCUGCGCGAGCAGGCGGCCGCAGAGGAAGCAGAGUGCGCGCCGGCCACACUGCUGGAACGGCUGACCAACGCCCUGGAGACGCGCAUCGAGACGCCGAGCACACAGGCGCUGAACCGGCUGGAAGAGCUGCUGGCGUGCAAAUUGGCGUCUUUUCGGCUAGCGCGCGAGCGCGUCAAGCGAACCGUCCCGCACGCGCCGUACAUCCCCACGUGCAAGGACCUGCAGCACUCAUCCAUUCUGUCCACGGUCGCAUAUAUUUCGAACAACAAAAUCGUUUCGCUGCAGAAGGAAAAGCUGUUCAAAGCAGACAAAGAGUACCCCGGGCUGGUCCAAUGCAUCCAAACGCACAUACAUUUCAUCCCGAACUUGAAGCCACAGACAGACCUAUCGCUUGGUGAUUGUUCAUACCUGGAUACCUGCCACAAGCUGAAUAGCUGCCGGUACGUGCAUUACCUUCAGUAUAUCCCAGAACGGCUGAUGCAAUCGGUGGAACAAUCCGUCAACCAGUUGAACGAAACACAGGAGAAAAACAGGCGCAUAGGCUUCUAUACGCACGGCGACUGCUGUUCCUCUGUUGUAAAAUCGAUUCUUCCCUCACAGUGGAUCAAGUGCGACGUGCGCAAGUUUGACUUCACUAUCCUUGGUAAGUUCUCCGCCGUGAUUGCUGAUCCUGCGUGGAAUAUCCAUAUGAACCUUCCGUAUGGAACAUGCAACGACAACGAGCUGUUGCUCCUCCCACUAGACAUCCUGCAGGACGAGGGGUUAUUGUUCCUGUGGGUAACUGGCAGGGCCAUCGAGCUAGGAAAGGAAUCCCUCAUGAAUUGGGGAUAUAAGGUGAUCAACGAGAUCUCUUGGAUUAAAACAAAUCAACUCGGAAGGACCAUUGUAACCGGGCGUACAGGACACUGGCUGAACCACUCGAAGGAGCAUCUUUUAGUUGGCUUGAAAGGCGACCCCGAGUGGCUUAACAAGCAGAUUGACAUUGACCUUAUCAUUAGUUCCACCAGGGAAACCAGCAGAAAGCCUGAUGAACUUUACGGCAUGGUCGAAAGAAUUGUGGGCACACAUGCCCGUAAGCUAGAGAUAUUUGGCCGCGAUCACAACGUGCGCCCAGGUUGGUUCACCAUAGGAAACCAACUGACAGGGACAUGCAUUCAUGAGCUCGAUGUGAAGAGAAAAUAUGAAAACUUCAUUGCCACCUCACGCAGGCAGAAUGAAGGUCGUGCUUUCGAUUAUCGGGAUGAUAUCCCACAAAAAGGUCAGUAUAACAAACAGGUUUACCUGCAGCAGCAGCAACACCAUUCGAAACAAAUGCCUGCAAUGAAGGCAGCACAGUACGUCACAACUACCUAUCGCAGUACCAUAUAG